AUGAGAGCUACUUUUGUUCUUCUUGCGUUGCUCUGCGCAAUCUACGCUCGUGCUGUACCACUUCAGGUCUACAACUCGGAUGAGACUCCGUCCGUCGAUGUUGUGCUUCUUGAGGGCUCCCCAGUUCAGGAUGCUCUCAAUUCUGAGGACGACGACGAGUGGAAGCAGGAGGAAGAGUACACAGAAGGUGCUAUGGGAAAACGGAGCAUCGCCCUCGGAAGAAGCGGAUUCCGCCCAGGAAAACGAAGCACGGACAUGGACAACUUCCACACUAUUGACGUCAGUGGUCUCAUCAUGAAACGCUCAAUGGCAAUGGGAAGAUUGGGUCUUCGUCCAGGAAAACGCUCGAUGGCCUAUGGAAGACAAGGAUUCCGUCCAGGAAAGAGAUCCAUGGCCUACGGACGUCAAGGAUUCCGUCCAGGAAAGCGCUCAAUGGCAUACGGUCGUCAAGGAUUCCGUCCAGGAAAGAGAAGCGCUGACAUGAUGGAAGUCAUCCCAGAACACACUCCAGAAAUCUACAUUGUCUAA